AUGUACCGCGGUGCUGCGUUCGGCCUCGCAACGCUAUCCACCGCUCUGGUGGGCGUACGGGAGAUGGGCAAGCCAGCGAAGGAGCUCCAAGGCGGCGACGAGCUGGUGGAUAGGAUUGAGACGCCGCAGAACCCCGUUCUGUUCGCCUGCCAGUCCAUUUACCGCACCACGGAGUUUUGGAGGCGCGCCAUUGGGAUUUACGGGGCAUACAAGGUCGCGCAGGUGAGGGCGGCGAUACGGCAUGCGCAGGGGGAGAGCGAGGAGUCGCUGCAGGAGGGGUUUUGGGCCGACCACCAUGCGUGGGCGGGGAGGGAAAUGUACAAGCUGAGCGUCGACUUGAGGGGCUUCUACCUCAAGACAGGGCAGUUCUUCGGCGCGCGUGCCGACUUCAUUCCGCUCCCGAUCUGCAAGGAGCUCUCGAAACUCCACGACCAGGUGCCCCCGAUGCCCGCCCAGCAGGCGAAAAAGAUGCUCACCGAGGAACUCGGUGUUCCUCCGGAAGAGGUCUUCGAGUGGAUCGACUUCGACACCCCCCUCGGCUCCGCAUCCAUCUCCCAGGUCCACCACGCCAGGCUGCGCCCCGGCAUGACGCCCGAGCGCCUCGCGCAGCUGCAGCAAGAGGCCGCGCAGCAACGAGCGCGCAGCAAAGGCGCCGCCCCGGCGGCCCCUGUCGCGACCGUCCCGACGGUGACGGCGCAGGACGAGAGCGUCGUGCACCGCGCCGCCGCCAAACAAUACCCCCCCGGAAUCGACGUGGCGGCGAAGGAGGAGUUCCAGGACCCUGACUACGCCACCCGCGUUCCCGAGGAGGACCCCACGCGCCUCACGAGCAGGAUCGUCUACGCCGCUCACGAGAUCCCCCCGCACGCGCGUGAUACGUUCGGCAUGGUCCCUACGGGCGUGACGGGCGCGCGCGACGACGGAAGCGGCAAGCGUGGGCGAUGGGGUUGGCUGCGGUGGCUGGGCUUCUGGCGCAAGAAGGGCGCGCUGACAAAGGAGGGGGCGGUGGGCGCGGAGGAGACGCAGCGGGAGGUGGCGGUGAAGAUCCAGUACCCCGGGGCGCUUGAUAUCAUGACUCAGGACCUGGUGAACAUUCGGGCGGCGGCGGGGUUCUUGCAGCGGACGGAGAUCCAGUUCGACAUGGUGAGCGCGAUCGACGAGCUGGCGCGGCAGAUCCGGAUGGAGUUCGAUUUCACGCGGGAGGCGGAGGUGAUGGACAAGGUGGCGGACGACUUGAUGGUUAUCGACGACAGGGUCACGGUUCCGAGGUCGGUGCCGGGGCUCGUGACGCCGCGCGUGCUCGUGAUGGAGUACAUCAAGGGCACGCAGAUCAUGAAGCUGGAGGACAAGUUCCGGGAGCUGUCAAAGAUGCAACGGCAGGCCGCGGCGCGGCUGCUGCUCGACCGCCUCUCGGACGCGUACGGGCACAUGAUUCUCGGGUCGGGGCUCUUCCAGGCGGACUGCCACCCCGGGAACAUCCUCGUGAUGGAGGGGGGGCGUAUUGGGCUGAUUGACUACGGCCAGAGCAAGCAACUGACCGACGAGGAGCGGAAGUCGUUUGCGACGAUGGUGGUGGAGAUGGAGCGGGGCGACAAGGACCGCGUGUGCGAGGCGCUGUGGGGCAUGGGCGUGGUCACGGACAACCCGAACGAGCUGUCGGACGAGGAGUACCGCAGCACUGUCGCGGUGAUGGCCACCGGGAUGUUUGACACCCGCGGGAGAGUCGACCCGUUCGACCCGGACUCCCCCAUCAAGAAGGUGCCCGUCAAGGCGUUCCCGGCGGACAUGUUCUUCAUCUUGCGGACGGUCCAGCUCCUCCGCGGCCUCAAGGAGGCCAUGGAGCUCGAGAAGGACUACUCGGUGACGGACCGGUGGGUGAAGCUGGCACGCAAGGCGCAGAAAGACCCCGCGGCAAACAGCACCGCGGCCGCGGCCGCGUCGUUCAACGCGUAG